AUGAAAUUAUUUAUUUAUUCAAUUUUAUUUCUUUUAAUAUUUAAAAGUUUUUUUGUAAAUUCAACAACAUUAAAAGAAAAUGAAAUUGGUUCAAUAAAAAAACAAAAGUCUCCAUUUGAAGAGAAUAAUAUUUCACAAUUAGAUUUUACAUCAGUUUUUUCGCCAGGUGUUUAUGCUAUACCUUGGACUGAUCCAAAUAUGCCAACAGUGGCAUUGGAACAAGCCUCACAUUCUGGUUAUUUCAUUGGAAAUGUUAUUCUUCAAGGAAGUCAAUUCAAUGACCCAAAAUUGAGUGGUUUAUUGAAUGGAAAGGAUCUUUAUGUACUCAGUCAUUUUUCAGGUGCAGCUUGUUGUCAAAAUGUUACAAGUGAAAUAAAAUUAUUAUUUACCUUUCCAAUAAGCAAUAUUUGUUUGUUGAUCGCAUCUGUUGAUGAGAGUGAUUUUGUUACUGUAAGAGCCAGAAAAACACAAACCGAUAAUAUUUAUGGAAUUGGUAGCUCAAAUGCUCAAAUGGAUAUGAAAAAAGAUUGGGCAAACUAUGGACAAGGCACUUUAUCAGUUUCAGGGGUACAACCAUCAAAUAAUUCGGGUAUACCUCCAAUUGUUCUCACUAGAGAUCAUUCAAAAGCUUUUAUUACAAGUAUGGGAAAUCCAACCACAAUUAACUAUCAGAUCUUGGCUCCAUUCAUUAAUGUAUCUUCAAUUCAUAUUUCUUAUUCAACUUUAUCCGAUUCUCAAUACGUAUUUUAUGCACUUUUCCAAUGUCCAAAACCAACCAGUGAUAUUGAACCAACCUGUGAACCUGGAUGCAUGACAAGUGGAACUACUUCAACAACAACAACAUCAAAAACAACAACAACAGCAACAACUAAAACAUCAACAACCGGUUCUUUGACUACUGGCCCUUCACAAAGUACUGGUCCUUCAACAACUACAACUACUGGUGGAUCACAAAGUACUGGUGUUUCAACGACCAUAACAAGUGGAUCACAAAGUACUGGUGCAUCAACAACUGCCACAGCUAGUGGAUCACAAAGUACUAGCGCAUCAACAACUGCCACAGCUAGUGGUUCACAAAGUACUGGUGCAUCAACUGCCACAACUAGUGGAGGAAGCACUGGAUUUAUUUCCGGAGCUUCAACAACUUCAAUGUCAACAACAACAGCAACAGGUAGUAUUCCAACAACUGGAUCACAAACCUCUACAUCAGGAUCAUACACAACAACUGGAUCACAAACCUCUACUUCAGGAACAUACACAACAACUGGAUCACAAACUUCCACUUCAGGAACAUACACAACAACCGGAUCACAAACUUCCACUUCAGGAACAUACACUACAACAACUAAACCAUCUACAACUACUGGUGGAGGAAGCACUGGAUUCCUAUCAGGAGCUUCAACAACUUUGGGUGGUGGGUCAGGAUCAUCGACCUCCUCACAAUCUGGUCAAAGUUCAACCGGUAUUAUUUCAGGAGUUAUAUCAGGAGGUAAUAGUGUCGCAGGAGGAUCAGGAUCAGUCGGAAAUAGUGGUUCAAUUACUGGUUUAACAACAACUACUGGUGGAAUAAGUGGAGGUAAUUUUAUUGCAGGUGUAACAACUUCAAAUUCAAUCGCUCAAACUGGAUCAGUUACAGGUUUAAUUGCCAAUGGUAUUGCAGGAUCAGUCGGAGGUUUAACAACAGCCAAUUCAUUAACAGGAGUAGGUUCAAUUGGUAAUAUCGCCAAUGCAAUUUCAACUGGUCUUGUCGGUCAAAUCACAACAUCAAAACCAACAAUCUCAUCAACAACAACAACAAUAUCCAGUCAAGCUACAAGUGGCUUUAUUUCUGGAGCAGGUAGUAUCGCUGGUGGAUUAUCAAUUGGUAAUAGUGGAUCAGUAGCCGGAAUAACAACUCAAUCAGGAAGCUUAACUGGUGCAAAUACAGUAGCAGCAGUAACAACAGCCAACUCAAUUGGAUCCAAAACAUCAAUAACUGGUGUUUCAUCAAUUGGAGCAAUUUCAGGUUCAAUUGAUGGAUUAACAACUGCAAACUCAUUAACUGGUGUGUCAUCAAUCGCUGGUAUAACUAAUCAAGCAUCAUCAAUCGCCAAUGCAAUUUCAGGUGGUAAUAUUGCAGGUGUAACUACAUCUCAAAUUUCAACCGGUAUUAUUUCAGGAGUAAUUGCAGGAGGAUCUGGAUCAAUCACAUCUCCACAAUCUAUAACUGGCCAAAGUUCAACCAGUAUUACUUCAGGAGUAAUUUCAGGAGUUAUAUCAGGAGGUAAUAGUGUCGCAGGAGGAUCAGGAUCAGUCGGAAAUAGUGGCUCAAUUACUGGUUUAACAACAAAUGGUGGAAUAAGCGGAGGUAAUGCUAUUGCAGGUGUAACAACUUCAAAUUCAAUCGCUCAAACUGGAUCAGUUACAGGAUUAACUGCAAAUGGUAUUGCAGGAUCAGUCGGAGGAUUAACAACAGCAAACUCAUUAACAGGAGUAGGUUCAAUUGGUAAUAUCGCCAAUGCAAUUUCAACUGGUCUUGUCGGUCAAAUCACAACAUCAAAACCAACAGUUUCAUCAACAACAACAACAUCAAGUCAAGGUACAAGUGGCUUUAUUUCUGGAGCAGGUAGUAUCGCUGGUGGAUUAUCAAUUGGUAAUAGUGGAUCAGUAGCUGGAAUAACAACUCAAUCAGGAAGCUUAACUGGUGCAAAUACAGUAGCAGCAGUAACAACAGCCAACUCAAUUGGAUCCAAAACAUCAAUAACUGGUGUUUCAUCAAUUGGAGCAAUUUCAGGUUCAAUUGAUGGAUUAACAACUGCAAACUCAUUAACUGGUAUAUCAUCAAUCGCUGGUAUAACUAAUCAAGCAUCAUCAAUCGCCAAUGCAAUUUCAGGUGGUAAUAUUGCAGGUGUAACUACAUCUCAAAGUUCUACUGGUAUUAUUUCAGGAGUAAUCGCAGGAGGAUCUGGAUCAAUUACAUCUCCACAAUCUAUAACUGGCCAAAGUUCAACCAGUAUUAUUUCAGGAGUAAUUUCAGGAGUUAUCUCUGGAGGUAAUAGUGUCGCAGGAGGAUCAGGAUCAGUCGGAAAUAGUGGUUCAAUUACUGGUUUAACAACAAAUGGUGGAAUAAGCGGAGGUAAUGCUAUUGCAGGUGUAACAACUUCAAAUUCAAUCGCUCAAACUGGAUCAAUUACAGGCUUAAUUGCCAAUGGUAUUGCAGGAUCAGUCGGAGGUUUAACAACAGCAAACUCAUUAACAGGAGUUGGUUCAAUUGGUAAUAUCGCCAAUGCAAUUUCAACUGGUCUUGUCGGUCAAAUCACAACAUCAAAACCAACAAUCUCAUCAACAACAACAACAUCCAGUCAAGCUACAAGUGGCUUUAUUUCUGGAGCAGGUAGUAUCGCUGGUGGAUUAUCAAUUGGUAAUAGUGGAUCAGUAGCUGGAAUAACAACUCAAUCAGGAAGUUUAACUGGUGCAAAUACAGUAGCAGCAGUAACAACAGCCAACUCAAUUGGAUCCAAAACAUCAAUAACUGGUGUUUCAUCAAUUGGAGCAAUUUCAGGUUCAAUUGAUGGAUUAACAACUGCAAACUCAUUAUCUGGUAUAUCAUCAAUCGCUGGUAUAACUAAUCAAGCAUCAUCGAUCGCUAAUGCAAUUUCAGGUGGUAAUAUUGCAGGUGUAACUACAUCUCAAAGUUCUACUGGUAUUAUUUCAGGAGUAAUCGCAGGAGGAUCUGGAUCAAUUACAUCUCCGCAAUCCAUCACUGGUCAAAGUUCAACCGGUAUUAUUUCAGGAGUUAUCUCUGGAGGUAAUAGUGUCGCAGGAGGAUCAGGAUCAGUCGGAAAUAGUGGUUCAAUUACUGGUUUAACAACAAAUGGUGGAAUAAGUGGAGGUAAUGCUAUCGCAGGCGUAACAACUUCAAAUUCAAUCGCUCAAACUGGAUCAGUUACAGGAUUAACUGCAAAUGGUAUUGCAGGAUCAGUCGGAGGUUUAACAACAGCAAACUCAUUAACAGGAGUAGGUUCAAUUGGUAAUAUCGCCAAUGCAAUUUCAACUGGUCUUGUCGGUCAAAUCACAACAUCAAAACCAACAGUUUCAUCAACAACAACAACAUCAAGUCAAGGUACAAGUGGUUUUAUCUCUGGAGCAGGUAGUAUCGCUGGUGGAUUAUCAAUUGGUAAUAGUGGAUCAGUAGCCGGAAUAACAACUCAAUCAGGAAGUUUAACUGGUGCAAAUACAGUAGCAGCAGUAACAACAGCCAACUCAAUUGGAUCCAAAACAUCAAUAACUGGUGUUUCAUCAAUUGGAGCAAUUUCAGGUUCAAUUGAUGGAUUAACAACUGCAAACUCAUUAACUGGUAUAUCAUCAAUCGCUGGUAUAACUAAUCAAGCAUCAUCAAUCGCCAAUGCAAUUUCAGGUGGUAAUAUUGCAGGUGUAACUACAUCUCAAAUUUCAACCGGUAUUAUUUCAGGAGUAAUUGCAGGAGGAUCUGGAUCAAUCACAUCUCCACAAUCUAUAACUGGUCAAAGUUCAACCAGUAUUAUUUCAGGAGUAAUUUCAGGAGUUAUAUCAGGAGGUAAUAGUGUCGCAGGAGGAUCAGGAUCAGUCGGAAAUAGUGGUUCAAUUACUGGUUUAACAACAAAUGGUGGAAUAAGCGGAGGUAAUGCUAUUGCAGGUGUAACAACUUCAAAUUCAAUCGCUCAAACUGGAUCAGUUACAGGUUUAAUUGCCAAUGGUAUCGCAGGAUCAGUCGGAGGAUUAACAACUGCAAACUCAUUAACAGGAGUAGGUUCAAUUGGUAAUAUCGCCAAUGCAAUUUCAACUGGUCUUGUCGGUCAAAUCACAACAUCAAAACCAACAGUUUCAUCAACUACAACAACAACAUCAAGUCAAGGUACAAGUGGUUUUAUUUCUGGAGCAGGUAGUAUCGCUGGUGGAUUAUCAAUUGGUAAUAGUGGAUCAGUAGCUGGAAUAACAACUCAAUCAGGAAGCUUAACUGGUGCUAAUACAGUAGCAGCAGUAACAACAGCCAACUCAAUUGGAUCCAAAACAUCAAUAACUGGUGUUUCAUCAAUUGGAGCAAUUUCAGGUUCAAUUGAUGGAUUAACAACUGCAAACUCAUUAACUGGUGUGUCAUCAAUCGCUGGUAUAACUAAUCAAGCAUCAUCAAUCGCCAAUGCAAUUUCAGGUGGUAAUAUUGCAGGCAUAACUACAUCUCAAAGUUCAACUGGUUUGACAUCAUCAGUAUCAAUUGCAUCCUCUGGCCAAAGUUCAAUUGGUAUUACUUCUGGAGUUAUCUCAGGAGGCAACAGUGUUACAGGAGGAUCAGGAUCAGUCGGAAAUAGUGGUUCAAUUACUGGUUUAACAACAACAACUGGUGGAAUAAGCGGAGGUAAUGCUAUCGCAGGUGUAACAACUUCAAAUUCAAUCGUUCAAACUGGAUCAGUUACAGGCUUAACUGCCAAUGGUAUUGCAGGAUCAGUCGGAGGAUUUACAACAGCAAACUCAUUAACAGGAGCAGGUUCAAUUAGUAAUAUUGCCAAUGCAAUUUCAACUGGUCUUGUCGGUCAAAUCACAACAUCGAAAUCAACAACAUCAGCUCAAGGUACAGGUGGACUCACUACUGGCAGUGGUUUGAUAGGUUCUACAAAUCCAACCAAAAAACCAUCUUUUAGCUCCAUUGGCUUCAUUUCUGGUAGUUUUAAAAUGAAUGAUGAUAAACCAUUCAUUUUUGAAAAUGAUAAAGUUGAUAAAAAAGAUAUUGUUAAAGAAGUACCUCGAAAUCAAAGCCCAGCUUUUAGUGAAAAUUAA